UGUACCUGCAACAGUAAAAAGAAGAAACUGAAAAAAACACAAGUAAUUGUUUAAGAAUUUUAAGCAGAAUCCUCUAAUUUAAUACGAAAAUAUUACAAAGCAUGGUAGAGAAUAUCACACACAACAUAGGCACUAUACAUGGUCAAUGUAAACUGCAAAGUAUGCCAUGGCUUUAUUAGAAAUAAAGACACAGAACCAUGCUUGCCAUAAAUUUCCAUAGUUAGUGCAACACAUGCAUAUGCCUUAACUACGUCUCCAACUAAUGACGUAAACACAUGCAAAUGUAAAAGAUUGACAGCAACCAGCAACAUCAUCAAAAACAUUUCAUCACCGGUUUCCCCAUUAACUCAUUAUACCAAAGAGCAAGAAAUUCUGACAAAAUGAAGACGAGGAUGUUAAUAAACCUCGUAGUACUUAUUUCAGUAGCAAGAACAGCAGAAGCGAUUGGUAGACUUGCUGCACAGCAGAACACAAGCAUCAUACUUACAUUCACACUCUGGUGCGUGGAUAAUCCAUAUGCGCACUUUACAAGAGUGAUUUGGAACCUAAAACGGGCUUGUGAAAAUGGUGCUGAUUGCUCACCGAUGGAAAAGGGUCGCCGUUGUCAGGACCUCGACUAUUACAGAAGUCGAGCAUCUUAUGCCUUCAAUGACUAUUACCAGAAGAAUCCUACACCGAGAAACUGCGAUUUCGGUGGUGCUGCUGUGCUUACAAUUCAAGACCCAAGUACUUCCAAACACUUCACAUUUGCAAAAAUAAAAUCAAGCUCUGAUAAAAACUAUUAGAGUUUCAUUGUGAU